GACAUAGACAGAAGAGCACAGCAAGGGAGACGACAGGAAGACGCAGAGGGGGGACAAGACGGGGCGAGAAAGCCAGAGGAGAGAGGAAGGGACACAUAAUGACAGGAGGAGAAGAAGAAACCCAUUCCAGCUGUGUUUCUAUAACAACUAUCUCUGUGAGAACUUCUUCACAUUGAAGAAUUUUCCGCUGCACGCCAAGGGAACAAACUUUUGCUUCUGACAUUUUUUGCUCGGUAUCAGCUCCUUAUUUUUGAUUGAAACUGCACAUGGGACAGAAAUAGCAUCAAGUUUCACUGGGUGAGAAGUCGUCUUGGUUCUGUUUGUUUGUUUUGUGCAUCAAAAGCCUCUUGAACUCCUCAAACAUGAGCUCAGACAACUCGACUCUACUGGACAACUUGCUGUUUGCCCCUCUGUGCGAUGGCUGGAGCAACAACACGGAGGGAGCCAUCUACCAUUUGGGCAACACCAUGCUGUUCCUGGGCUACAUGGGAGGCAGCGGGGCCUAUGGGUGCCUCUUCAUCUUUGGCUUCCUCACCCCGGCCUUCCUGUGCCUGACCCUGUGGGGCUGGAUGACGAUGUGCGGCCUGGAUGUGUUCACCUGGAACCUGCUCCUGCUGCUGGCCUGUUUUGUUCAAAUCUGCCACCUCCUUUUCCGGCUGCACCAGGAGGGCAUACGCAGAGAGGAGCUGACGUCCCUGUACCAGGCGGUCUACCUGCCGCUGGGCGUGCCCGUCCAGGUGUUCAAGGAGAUAGCAAGUGCUUUUGAGAAUAAGGUGGUGGAGCUGAAGGCAGGAGAGACGUACGCUGUGGAGGGCAAGACGCCCAUCAACCAGCUCUCCUUCCUGCUGUCUGGGAGGAUCAAUGUGUCUUUGGAGGGCCAGUUCCUGCAUUACAUCCACCGCCACCAGUUCCUCGACUCUCCGGAGUGGGAGUCUCUCCGACCAAACGAGGAGGGAAAGUUCCAGGUGACCCUGACAGCAGAAGAAGACUCCCGCUACAUCUCAUGGCGCCGCCGCCGCCUUUACAUGCUGAUAUCAAAGGAGCGCUACAUCGCCCGACUCUUCUCCGUCAUGCUGGGCUACGACAUCGCAGAGAAGCUCUACAACCUCAACAACAAGCUCUACAUUAAGAGCGGCGUGCUGCUGGACAUCCGCCUGCCCAGCCUGUACCACGUGCUGGCCCCCUCAUCGCAGAGCAGCGAGGGCGGCAGCUGCAGUGACGGCGGCAUCGCCAGGGAGCAGCAAACUGAGCAGCAAGACGAGGACCAGGCGUUGGUCCACGAGAAGCCCGAUCCAGCUCAGCCUCAGCCCCUCCAGCCGCACCUGCAGGGACCAAUGAAGAGCCACCUGGAUGAACCCCAGGCCCCCCGGCGCGACCACUAUCAGCACCCCUGGGCGUCAGACCCGGAGCUGCCCACUGGUGAGGACUCCACCAGCCUGGUCCUGGAGGACUUUGCUGAUGUGGCGGGCUCCUUAAUGGAUUAUGGCAGUGAGAGGGAUUAUUUGAGGUAGAGGGGCAGGGUGCUGGAGCUAACACACUGGGUCACCACUUAAGCUACAUGAGGUGAUGGUGACGGAGAUUUACCACCUCGAUUCAAGAGGGGCCGAGCGCCGCUGGCUCCCACCGACACUCCCAAACUGUGAGAACAGUCUCUCCUGGAAACACCAUGUUAUUUACAGUAUAGCAGUAUGAAUGUGUCACAUGUCACGACGCUGUCUCCUCCUCCUCCUCGCUCUCUGUCCCUGUUCUCACCUCACUUCACAUCCUCACUCCUGAGCAUCAUGUGCUCUUCUCGCUCUCUCUUCAAAUUACAGUUUGUGUGAUUCAAAAGCCAAAAAUCAAUAUGUGGAGCUCAUAUUUAUCACAAUAUUAAUUUUAUAUGAAGCUAAUUUGAUGCUCAAAAAUUACAAACACAUUCUUGUCAUGAUAUAAAGGCUCUGAAUUCUGCAUUAAAAUCUGUUGGCUGCAGGGAUCAACCACAUCUAUUUAAUUUAUGUGAAAAAAUAUAUAAUUUAACAACUGAGUGAAUCCAUGAAAUGUUCAAAGAGCAGCCAGUAGUUUGUACAGGCUGUUUCAGUAGUACCUGCUUGGACAUGUUGACUUUUAGGUCCUUUAUUCAACAUGCGAUAAACAUGUUAAUAAUCAGUCUGACCCUGAUUUAAAUCCUGACACCUUCAUCUGAACUGGCACCGAGACAGGAAGGAGAGACGACCUUCACUUUGUCACUUACCAGCACGUUAAAUGUCUGAAAUGUUGUUCCAUGUUAUAAAAGCUGAUUUUAUGUUUCUGAAACGGAUGAAUUUGGUUUCAUCUCAUUCGUAUUUGAUGUUGGAAUGAUGAUCGUUUGAUUUGGACUUUGGACUUCACGUGAUUUAAUGUUCAAUUUGACUUUUAAUGUUUGUUUCACAAAUCACUUACACCCAGCAUCAUAAAGAGCAUUGAUUUAACUGCACACGUUUAACUACACAUUUUCUGGAUCUGACUCAUUUAGAUGAAUUUGGUCAGAAAUUAUGGUAUGAAACAAUAUGUUGUACAACUUAAAAGGGGAUGAUCUGCAUCAUCCUUUUCAAGAUCUGGAAAAUAUUUAGUUUUGCAUACUUCUCAAGGACUUUCCAGGCCUGUGUAUGAACUGUUUUGUUGUAGAUUUUCUUUAUGUCAUGUUUAUGUUUUGUGGGGCAUGUUUAGUUUAUUGAUCUGAACGCACCAUGACUUGGUUCAGUCAGAAAUGUAUGCUGUCUAACAUUUUCAGAGCAUGACGCCAAAUUCAUCUGAAGGACAACGAUACGACAGACGCCGGUAGACCAUGUUUAGUUUUUGUAAUUAAAUGAGUAUUUAAUACACACAUGUAUACUGUGAACUGCAUUACUUGUCUGGUUUUGAUGCCAAAAGAGAGAGAUGGGACUAAAAUGAAGAAGUCAGUGUUUUAAAAAGGUAUUUUCAUGGGGCCAAGAUUUCUCCAUAAAGCUCUUUGUUUGCAGUGAAAA